AAUUUAUAAUCAAGCAAUUCAUCGUGCGAGGUCGUCAGAGGUCGUGUGUGUCGACGAUUCGUCAGCUGAUAUACUCGCUGUGUGACAUUACGUCGCGAUUAGGACGACUGAUUUAAUUAAAGUUUCGUGUCACCUGUAAGAUACAACACCAGCAAACAUGUCGACCGACGUAAACAUGCAGGCUGAGAAGCACGAUGAGGAAGCAAGUGUCGAUAAGACUGAAGAAGAAGAAGGCAGAUCGUCUAAAGACAUGCAUGCGCAAAAUGGCAGUCCCGUUUAUGGGGGCGUUGAAGGACCAAAUGCAAUGUACGUGAAGCUAGUCAGUAGUGAUGGCCAUGAGUUUAUUGUUAAACGGGAACACGCGUUAACGAGUGGUACUAUCAAAGCGAUGUUAAGUGGUCCUGGUCAGUUUGCAGAAAAUGAAGCCAAUGAAGUCAAUUUUCGUGAAAUUCCGUCUCAUGUACUACAAAAGGUCUGCAUGUAUUUCACUUACAAAGUGCGCUACACGAACAGUAGUACAGAAAUACCAGAAUUUCCUAUUGCACCUGAAAUCGCCCUGGAAUUGUUGAUGGCUGGAAAUUUCCUAGACUGCUAAACAUCAUCCAUAAAAGUGUAUUGGCUUUUAUUGGUAAUUGAAUAUUAGGAACGAUGCAGCGCUUUCUUCAUUAUGGUCGUUUAAGAUACGUCAUAUUACAUUGUGAUAUUUGGAAGACCGUAUUGAAGCAUAAUAAUCGAUCGCUUUGGACUCGUAUUUGUGUGACAUGGACAUUUUAGUGCGACGAGACAAUGCAAUGUCGAAGUUUUAUAGUUGCGAAACCUGAAAUAUACCAUUUAUGUUAUGCUUUGUAAUUUAUAUGGUCGACACGUAAUUAAAAUAAUUGUAACAGAAGAUUACCAUUCACAAUAUCUCUUUUAGCAAUUCAUAUUAUUUUCUAGCAAAUCGUAUAUACACACACACAUACACCAUCUGUUAUAUACUUAAACUAUAUAUUUCAGUAAAUUAUUGUUAACAAUAUUAGAAAUAAAUUCAACUUUAUAUACCGAAUUAUUAGUUCUAUUUGUGCUAAGUCGAAUGACAAAUAAUUUUCAUUGUAUUAGUAUGGCAGAAUAUACAAAUGUCUUUUUGUUAAAGUUACAAUUAUUUGUUGUUGGUUUACAUAGUGAUUGUAUUUACACUUAUAAUAUUACUUAGGCACAUUGUGUGGCUUAAUAUAUUGCAGAAGAAAAAAAAAGGUUUUUUUAGAAUACUAAAUAAGGUACAUCAGUUUAAUCAAUAAGUUAAUCAUAAAAGUUGGAUAUUGUAUGAUAUGCAAAUGGAUGGCAAGCUACAAGCUACAGUUUUAUACAAGUUUUGUAAGUGUGUUUAAGAGGUCCAUACAAUAGGAGGUAUACUAAUAAUAAAUCCAAUGUA